AUGGUAGCUCUGGUUACUUCUGCAGCCGCAUUGCUUACCCUUGUGGGUGGCAGUGGUGCUCUGCCCGGCACUGGAAGCACAUCCAUGACUUCAAGCUCGACCGUCGCCGCUCCAACAGGAACAUCCUAUCAGUCCGGAUUUGACAUGAAGAAGAGCUGGGGCAAUCUCAGUCCGUACGCGGACGCACCCAGCUUCAACCUACCCAAGGGUUUCCCGCAAGGUUGUGAGCUGUUGCAAGUGCACAUCUUACACCGGCAUGGGCAACGCUACCCGACGGACAGUACCGUGGACGCGGGAUCAAUGGAAGCAUUUGCAUCUGCAUUGCAGAAUGCCUCGAGGAAACACCCUGGCACUAAGAUUGGUACCGGGCCGCUUGCCUUCUUAAACGAUUGGGACUAUCUCCUGGGCGUGGAGGACCUGCUCCCAACUGGCGCAGCCACAGAGGCGACCUCCGGCGCGAACUUCUGGAGUAAAUAUGGUCGUUUGCUGUAUGGUGCUUCCAUCGGAGAGGCAAACUGGAACAAAACACUGAAUGAGUUCCCGAAUGGCAAGCCUCGCCCUAAGCCUGUCUUCCGCACCACUUCUUAUCCUCGUAUACUCGAGAGUGCACGCUGGUGGCUGAGUGGCUUCUUUACCAACAUAGGAGCUAAUAGUUCCUAUCCACAGUAUGAACUCGUUAUUAUCCCCGAACAGUCGGGUUUCAAUAACACACUAUCGUCAACGGAUACAUGUACGAAGGGCCUAAUUACUGGGGCAUAUGCAGCUGCUGAAUUCAUUCCCGCAAUGAUUAAGACUGCCGCAACACGUUUUGCCCCCUUCUUACCAGAAGACUUUUUCUCGAAGUCAGCGGAAAUCGCCGCUGAAGAAGUUCUAGGCAUGUUCAACCUAUGUCCUUAUGAGUAUACCACGCUGGGCAGCUCAUCCUUCUGCUCACUGUUUACUGAGCAAGAAUGGCGCGACUUUGAAUACUACUUGGAUCUCCAAUACUACGACAUGUACGGAUUCGGCUCUCCAAGCGGCCGCGCCCAGGGCAUUGGCUAUGUGCAAGAGCUAGCGGCGCGGCUACAGCACAAGCUGAUUCAAAGCAGCGACAGCAGCAUCAACUCUACAUAUGACGACAACGAGAAAUAUUUCCCACUUGACCAGCCUCUCUUUAUGGAUAUGUCGCACGACGAUACGAUCAUCUCCGUCCUGACCGCGCUGGGGCUAGACUUCUUCAAGUAUAACCCAAAAAGAUUGCCUUCUACUGUCGCACAUGCUCCGAAGCGCCACUUCAAGCUGAAUGAAAUCACGCCCUUUGGAGCUCAUCUAGUUGCUGAGAUUUGGAACUGCCCCAAGAACACCUCCUUCGGCGAUCUUCAACCGCAGAUGUACAAGAAUCGGAAUAUGUCGUCCAGAUCUGACACGGAGAAAUACAUUCGCUUGGUGUUGAACAAUGCUCCCAUACCAUGGGAUGGUCUGUCAGCUUGCGAUGGGUCGGUCAAUGGAUUCUGCCCAGUGCAGAGUUUCAUCAGCCAGGUGCCCCAGCUUACGAAGCAGGCGAUGUUCCAGGAAGCCUGUUUCGGCUCCUAUAACACCAGCAUUCCUGUUAACAACGGGCAGCCGCCCUUGGAAUAG